AAUGAAGAAAAGAAGGAUUUUUAAACAUUGAGUUAGACAGCGAGGGAAAUAGAGAUAGCGGUCUCGGAGUAAAGCUACAAGAACUACUACAACUACAAUUAAAAACCCAUCAUGGCACCUUCUCUUAGUUCGACAAACAAGAUGAGAAGGUUCUUGCUUCUGGUUGCGCACCUUGGUGCUGUGAGUGGUAUGAUAGUGCUGCCAUUCUGUGUAUCGAAGUCUAGCGAUUCUGUGGAUGCGAAUGUUGAUCCUGAUCAGCCAGAGCGCCAGAUUAUCUGGCAACAAGCAGCUCAAGCUCAACAAAGGCCAAUGCCCCAGGGUGGAAUGUUUCAAGGUGCUGGUAACGGUGCUGGAGGUGCGGGUGGUGGUGCACAACAACGAGUUAAGACUGUAGAACUAGCAUGAUCUUCCAUGAUAUACCAGAAAUGUUGUAGUAUUUUUUCAAAAAUAGAUGCUAUGGAUUUCUCCAUCUGAAACAAGGUGGGUACUAUUCCUACUUUGUUGAUUGAUGAUUAUUUCGAGGAAUAUCAUCUCAUGAGGAUCCGCCCUGCUAAUAAGUACACGAACCUCGUCUCCACGAGCCUUACCCAAGUAAAAAUGAAAUCCCCUCACCCUCUAAUCCAAGAAGCGGAGCACGAGCGUUACCCCAGUGGAUCACGCGCAUGCCCAGGGACGCUGCCCGUCGUGUCGCGUCCAACCACCGUUCGGCGCCUGUUGGACGUGCGAAUCCGCUAACAAGCGUCGUCGACUUCACACCAGGACCCGAUGGAGCGGGCCAAAUGAUUGGAAAAGGGACAUUCGCUUAUGAAGUGAUAUGCCUGAUCUGCUUUGAGUUGAUUCUUCAUAACAGUUCUUGUAGUACUUACCCUCAAGCGAUGGAAGUAAAAGUAAAUGGACCACAACAACUCCCUCUAAUUUAGAGAGGUGCACGCUGGGCGACUGAAAGGGAUGAUGACGAGCAUGAUAAGCAGCAUCCAUCCAAACGGAGGAGGCAGCAACAUCGUGGCCGUGAAGCGAUUUCCUUAUCCGCAUAGUCCCGCUUUCCGUGCGAGACAGAAAGACAAAGCCGGCAGCCAUAGCCGGUACACGACAUGGAGGGACUAUUUGUUACGACUAAAAGAAUGCUGGACCAUGUUUAGUUUCGUCUACUAAGUGUUAAAUACUUGGUUGAGAAUAAUCAACUAGGAGACCAGCUGCGCUUGAGGAAAUCUUUUUUCUUGUAAAUGCUGAUAAUGGAGGUCUUCCGGAUAGCAAUGUUUUCUGACUGUCCGUCUAAAUUCCCUUUCGUUUCCUUGCAAUCCUGCUUACUCUAUAAUGAUAAUUUUGUUGCUCUCGGUUCUCAGAAAUGUUGUCCUUCUAAUUUCCCAUGGCGAUCAAAGAUUGAUUAUUGAUCACGCGCGUGAGGAAUGCGAAUGGGCCAAACGCUUACAAGAAGCUGCAAAAAGGAAGACAGCAGGUACUAGGAAAAAAAAAGACAAGUAGAAGUAGGAAAGAAAAAGACAGCAGGGAGUAGGACUAAGUGUCCGUAGUGGUCUAUUACCUUCGAAAUUUUGAAACAUCACUGAACAAGCAGAUUGACGUCACAAACAUCGACUCCAUUGUUUCUUGUAGACUUCUUCUUCUUGUUCUUUUUUCAUCCACGACAUCCAACAACAACGAACAGCCUGCCUUGUAGUUCUGUCUUGUGCUACUUGAAAGUGCAGGUCUUCAAGCUUUGAAGACCUAUUCUGGGUUAUUUCGAAACAGAGCAAGACAGGCAGUAGCAAGUCAAGUAAAACGAAGGAAACUGUGUACUAAACGAUAGAAUCUUAGAAUUUCUACAUCUACACUCAAGCUUAAACCACACACUCAACUAAGUACACUUACUAAAUUGAUACCCACCACCCAGCCGGCGGCAGUGAUAUGUCUGGGCAUUUUCCGCACUGUUUGCAGACUAACAUCGGAAACUUCGAGCUGCACCCUCAAGGUAAGUCCAUGCUCGGUGAUGUGGAAGCAGAUUGGCGUGAGAAAGGGGAUUUUCGCAUUCACCACCUGGCACCAGUUCCAAAAGACGUGGAUGAUGACCUCUACCUUGUGUUGGAAUACAAAGUUAAGAACCGGUAGUUAGGCUAGCUUAGGUCUCGCCGUGCACAGCUUGUUGUGGCUGUAGUUUUUUCCAAGGACCUCGACGUUCAGUUAGUAACUGCGCUAAUAAAGGGGCCCGGUUGCUCGACUUCUUGCGCAGACUGUACUCACAGCCACGUGCGCCCUCCUCGCCUCCGCGUGGGCAACUAGUUGUGAAGAUUCUCCGACAACUCGUUCGCAUCGUCGCUUUUCUUAAGGCAAGGCUUCGUUCAGUAUCGUGUAAGAUCCACCUCUAACCGCUCCCAUGUAGUGAUGACUCUCAACGCAUAAUAAUUAGCUGAUGGUCGAAUUACUUGAGUAGAACUAGCAUUUGUCUACAUGUCUACAAGGUCAUCACUGGACGAAUUACAACCAACACUAAUAAUAUUUAUCUGAGAUGAUCCAGCACCCCAACCUCUAACCUUCUCCGAGAAGACGUAGGCGCAGUUCACCAUGACUUGAAGGCGGAUAAUCUGGUUUUCGACGAGGUCGCUCAAAAGGUGGUCCUUAUCGACUUUGGGAGUAUGACCUCUGCGAAUAUGGAAAUGCGAAUGCAACCAGCAAUGGGGAAUCAGAUCACUUACGAAAUGGGGCUAUUGGAGGAAUUUCUAUGUAACAGCACAGGAAAAUGAACAGAUCACUUAAGACAGGCAGACAGAUAAGACGGUCUUCAUGAGUACUUAAGAUAGAUGGUGGGCUAUUGAAGGAAUUGUUCAGGGUGAUUUUCUUCUCAGUUUCACUUGUCAGAAGGAAACAGAGCCUAUCUGAGAGAAGGUGAUCUCUAUUAUGUAGUUCUCUAACUCACGGGUCCAUCUGCCCCUAUCGCAAUUGAUAGAGAUGAUAUUGUCGCAGUGAGUACUCAAACAUCGACCGCUCUGGAAGCAACGGCAGCUUAUGGCGCUCACGCAAUCGCAUUUGCGAACCGCGAAGCCGACGCUUGGACUCCUGGGUUUGCGCCUAAGGAAAAAGAGGAAGGCACAGAACGCGAAUUGAUGUUACGGUCAGCUUUUGUCGGAUAAACUGUCCUCUUUCUCAUCGGAUUUAUCGGAUAAUCCAUGAUUUUCCACUCCAUAGAUCUGCGCAUCUAGAUACCCUUUAAAUCUCCGUUGUAUUAUUUCUAUGAGAAUUGAUACAAGGGUAAAAUAAAGAAAGGGGUCCAGAUGAGUGAAUUAUAGAGGCUGACUCUAAUGACGGCUGCGUGGCCUAGCAUUGAUUUUUUUGCGCUGGGAACAGUGAUCGGGGAGAUUUUACUGGACGGCCGUAACAUCAUCACGCAGCACUAUUUGUUGCCAGCGGGUCGACGUGGAGGAAUCGCGGUUUGCUGCGGAAAACAUUACGAGUCGUAUGUGGGAAUGGAAUAAUUUUAAUUUUGAUAUCUCCACCAAGAAUUGACUUGAGCAAUAAUGCCUGCAUAUCUCCAAGAAUUGGAUUGGAAUCAUCUGAAAGUGAAAGAGUAGAGAAGAAAAGAAGAACGGUACUCAUCGCUCCUAUGGAGACAGACCAUUUGCUGGCCAUGGCUGGAAAGAUGCAUUUGAUUUCCAUCGUUUCUGGAAAGAGACGGAUGCAUUCGAUUCUCCCUAAAAAAUUUCAAACUCUAAAAUCAGCCUCGUGAGGUCCGCAGGGCACCUCAGUUCGGCCUCCCUCCGAAUUUCGAUAUCGAUGGGGACGUCUCUAACGUCGUCGAUUUUUCCGGUGGAACAUUUGGAGGCGCAGGAUUAAGAAUCUGGCUUUUAAUGUCUAACGCAAUAUACGAUGUAGAAUCUUCUGAGAUGACGAUUCAACAUCUUCAUGAACUGACUCGUUUCAUAUACCGAGCAAUAAAAGAUGCAGAAUCUUCUGAGAUGACGAUUCAACAUCUUCAUGAUGUUCAUCGCGUAAUUUACUUGCAUCCUUUGCUUUUCAUACAAAGCCGACCCUGAAGCAGUUCCGAUUCGGGAUGUGGCGAGGGGUAGAGACAAGUCAUGGAACGGUGCUGCGCAACCUGGGCUUCGAGCACAGAUGAAGCGCGAAGCAAGAUGUGGCGGAGACUGUAGCGCUCUGUUCUGUCCUCCGCCAGACGAUGCAGACUGCCAAAGCAACUACCGAAUUGACUGGGACAGAUUGUUAUGAUGAAGUUUCUAGUUCAGUAUCAGUAGGAUUGCAGCAGUACUAGAUCAUGAUCAUUGCCUUUGCAUACGUCUACUUCUUGUUGUUGCUAGGUACUAGCUUUUGGGAUCUCACAGCAAGCUUUUCCUUCCCAAUCAUGGAUAACAGCUAGUUUCGGAAUUUCCACUCCAGGCAGAGAAAUUUUGUGAACAGCGGAAGCUUCUUCAACGAAGACGUUUGAUAACUCAAUGUCUUCGAUGAAGACAACAGAAGAUAUCCUUCCCAUCUAUCAUCGAUCACACUUCUAAGAUCAGAACAGGACUUUGGCGGAGGUAGUGGAUCCUGUUGCCCAAGUGGUGGACCAGCUUGUUGCUCUGGCGCGGGAUCGUCUUCGUCGAUUAUGAAAUUUUGAGUUUUGCUUGCAAACUUUCACUGAACUUUUUUUCGAAUUUUUUCAGCAGAAGGUCAAGCCGGAAGCCUUCUCUCAACUUUGAGCACUUUUCUUAGACGGUUUAUGCAACUAGAAGGAGGUCAAGCUCUUUCAUAAUUGAAGAAGAUCCUGCACUAGAGCAACAAGUGGUGGACCAGCUACCUGUUGCUCUGGCGCGGGAUCGUCUUCGUCGAUUACGAAAGAUGUGUUUUUUACCAGUCACACUCUUAUUACUUUAGUGUCAUACUUCACUUUUAGACUCUAAAAUUUAGAGUUUUGCUGUGAGGAAGAAUCCUAGCUGUAGACCUCUUUGAGCACUUUUCUUAGACGGUGUAUGCAACUAGGUCUUUCAUAAUUGAAGAAGAUCCUGCUUGUUGCAAACUUUUACGGGAGGAAGGCUCGAAUUCUUUCAGCAGAAGGUCAAGCCGUAAGCCUUCUUUGAGCGAGAAUAACAGCCGCAUAGUGAAUUUGAACUAUCCUAUACGUAACGUACAGUUCUAAUAGUACACAGGCUGCGCGAGGAUAUCAGUCUCCGGCUUUUGUCCAGACUGCAUAUCUAGAACCGUUCCUGUCGCAGUUAAGGGCGAACAACACCCGGUCCUUUCUGGAGCAAGGAUUUUUUGCCCAGUGUUGUGGAGCGGGAAACAAUUUAUGAAUGUGAAGUAACUUGUUCGAGAUCCUAACCUAAUUCUACUUAUAGAAAGUAUGCUGUAUGUUUAUGGGUACAUCACUUGUGAAACUGUAGGCUUUAUGUCUAUGGGUACAUCACUCGUGAAACUGUAUGUGUAUGUAGGCGAGCAUGUGCCCGUGGGGCUCGUUGAGAAGGAUCCACAACCUAACCUAACCUACCUAGAAAGGCUUUAGGGGUACACUUGUGAAACUGUAUCGUCCCGCCGGUGGUCUAGGAGUACCACUAGGGAUGCCAAUCAAUCAAAACCUAGAAAGGCUGCUGUGCCUGCUGCUCAGAAGGUAGCCUGUACCCACGACUUAGAAAGUAAGUUCAAGUUGUACCUAGUAAGUUUUAUGUUUGAAGAAAUGAUUUGGAAUUACUUCUACUUAUCCGCGUAGAUUGGAGUACUAACAACUUGCACUUGCAUCCACACGACAGCCAAAGCUGCUCUAUUUUGCAUGCCAGCUACAGAAUUUGAUUCGUAUAUUUUGUUUGUAGCACCAUACCAUUCAUUUGCUGCCCUCCGAGGAUCACCGAUAUUAUUGGCGUCCUUCUCGCAAUUCGUGCCCGAACCAUGUUAAGGCCACUCGAUGAUAAUAGUUUUUCCCUCAACUAAAGGUUACUUGAUCAUACUAGUUUUUACCUAUUGAUUGCCACUCGAUACUAGUUUUUACUUCUUAGUUUUGAUGGUCCUGCAUGAAGUAUCCUGUUUGAUGAGUACAGUUGCUUAUAAAGUCUAUGGGAAACUCAGAUUUACCAAGGGCAAAGGAAAAUCUCAGCUGUGAGUGAACACAUCUUAGAGCUCACUGUGAUUUGUGAUCUUAGAACAAGUGAAUGGAAACAACUUUGAGUACAAAAUACCCCUUCCUUAGAAGUUGACGCUAAGACUGGCUCAGGGGGUUUCUUCGGACUUGGCAGAGGUUGUUCUUGCCUCACGUGCAGAGAAGUGAUGCCUUUGCGACGCUGGCUCAGGAUAUCUUCUUAUGCCUAGACCACAAUCAUACUGUGUCUCAAGGACCGUAGGAUAGGUCAACCAUCCGUGACGGACAAUAUUGCCUCCCUGUUUGUACAAUUUACUCUGAGACUAUGCAUCUGCCUCAUCCGAGGCUGUUUUUGCAGCAACAUGUUGUUAGCCGCUUACUUCAAGCACAAGGAGUUGGUAGUUUGAUUAUUACGUAUAUCUACUUCAUCCGCUCGAUGUGAAGGAUCCAUAACCUAACCUAACCUAUCCUAACCUAAGCCUUAUAAAGAACUUCACCAACUACAUUAUUCUAAUACUUGGUCCUCAGCGUGUGCAUCCUGAUGGAUCUAUCCAGAUGGUGAGGCCUUCGUCUUCCUCCUCGCACCUAGAAGCACCUCAGGAACGCAUUGACCGCAGAGUGGUUUUGCCUGUGGGCUUGGUUAUGAGCGAGCAUGUCGGUUAUUGGAGAUUACUACUUUUGAAGUGUAGUACAAACAUCAAGAGGGUCAGGUUCGUAGCCUAAAUAUCAGACGACCAUCGACAAAUAUGAAGUAAGUUUUCCUUGACGCGCUGACUUUUUCUAUUUACUUGCAGCGUCCAAUUAUAGUUGUAGUAGACGAGCUUAUGACACUAAUAUAAUUUCGUUCUUCCUUACUACACUUUACUAGACCGAAACUGCAGCUGUGCGAAGCUGAUCUUUUCCUACUCCUAGACCAGAAAUGCAGCUUUUGAUCUCCUCUAACCCCUCGUUCGACCGUGCAAGUGGACAAGUGGUUCCGCACCCUGAGCUAAAGGAGGGCCAAGUCGUCGGCAUCGUCGACGGACAGCACUUUGUGGAUCCAGAAGGUGUGGGAUUGCUGAGAACCCCAUUUAGGAGGUCUGAGAGCGCCAAUUAGGAGGCCAUUGUGACAACGUCAGGUAGGAGGUCAUAGUUUUAGAAACAGACUCUUCAUCAUACAUCAUAUAACUGCUGUUAAGAUAGACAUAAGACACGUCUGGACGCAAACCAUUUUCUAGUCACGCUAAGUUCCAUCAUCGAACUCUUCUGGUCGUAGAUACAAGAUCAUGAAUUGUUCGUCUAGCUGCAUCUAGAUGGCCUGGUAGCCAGACGGUGAAAAGAAACUUUCCGGAAACUAACCACAAAGGAAAUUUACACAAUAUCAGUGACGACUCAUAUCCGGGCUUUUUAUUGAGCGGUCUAAUGGAAUAGAUGAUUGGACGUUCUAAGAAAAUCAUUUCUCUGUGGAAAUAGAUGAGUGCGAAUUUAGCUCAUAUUGGUUUGACUACUCAUAUCGUUUUUUCGAAAGUUGUUGCAGUUGGACCACUCAUAUAUUCAUCCGAGAAUACUUGAUAUUGCAAUUUUGUCUUCAACAAAUUGAUAAAUGGCUGGUGUUAGCUAGCUGGUCUUUCACGUAUUUGAGUAAAUUCUGCCUGCGAAAGAAAAACAAAUAGAAAUGAGCAUGUCUUCUAUAAUUCACAUGAAAGGAGAUAGAACAAUAGCACAUGUGCAUAUUAUCCUUGUUAUGGCUCCUAGUCAAAAACCUAUCGCCUGUUAAAACACAUGGUACUUUCAUAGCUAGCUGCUUGGAAAUUACACAGAUGUUCUUAUCAUGUAGGAAGAAGAGUCAGAUUUACGAAAAGCAUUGAGGUGAUGUAUCUAGCAUGUCGUUGUAUCACCACGGCGACAGUGACAUUGUAAGCAUUGACUAGAUUAUACCUACAUGGUAGAAGACACAGAGAAGGAUCAACACCUCAAGCAGCAUUCUGGGAGACAUUGCAGGAGACGUAAAAAAAAGAACAGACACUGAAACAAGAAAGAAUUUAAUACUCGCCUGCUUCAGGAGGAGGUGUAAAUUACGAAGCUGGUGGAGGUGGUGAAGAGCA